AAUCCCUAGGCCCAAAACCCGUUUUCUGGUCUCAAGUCGGGGCGUCGGAGUGUGUCCAUAGGCCGAGAACCAGCGCUAUCUCAGAGAGCACAGAGUAUAGAAGACGACGAAGAAAUAUGCGCAUAUUACGGAAUGAAGUUUCUAGAUUUGUAUGUGAAAAUAGCCAUUGGUUCUGCUUUGAUUGGAGCUUCUUUGGUUUGUUCAUGAUUAAAUCCGGCUUCUAUCUGAGAACCCCUUUUCAUCUGUUUCUUCGCUAACCUUAACCUUUCACACUUAGACCGGCUCAUUUGUUGAAGUCUGCAGCAAACAUGAGGUUUUCGUGUGAAUAUGGCUUUUUUUGGAUCGGCUUAUUGAUUCUUGUGUUUGACUAAGAUAUGAAGUAACUGUUCUGGAGUCCUAGAAAGGGCAUAGGAGAGCUCCCUGAAGCACAGGGAAUCAGAGAAAAAAACUCACUAGUUUUUAUAGGCUUGGGAUGAAGAUUUCUUCCACAAGCCGUGUUGCUUGAUGGUUUGUCUACACAUUGGGACCUGAAGUUUCUCACACAUGGGAAAACAAUUGGAUUGGCUAUCAAUUUUGUGAGUUUUUACAAGUGUUACCUCAAACAUAAACACAUUCCGUCUAUUAAUGCUUUUAUUACUGUUAUAAUGGUUUCUUUCCCUCGUUUCUAAACUGGUGUAAGUAUACUAUUUAUUAGCAUAACAAAGCGAAUUGGAUUAAUCUUAGUCCGGUUAGGAUGCCUAUGAUUGAAUAAAAUAUAUGUGUGUGUGUGUGUGUGUGUGGUGUCAAUACAGCAAACCAUGGCUUUUGAUUUAUAUGAUCUCGAUUGCUAUUUUUUAUGCUUCUGGAUUUGUGCCUAUAACAAGUCUCUGAAAUAUGUAAGAUUUUGCUGUAGAGGCAGCUGGAGUCCUGGAAGCUAUGUUUGAAUGCAACCAAUUGAAUGUUCAAAAAUCCUUUUCUUUUUCCUGGGAAGGGGGGAUGUUUUUUAUAAUUUUUUAGCUUCUAAGACACAAGUAGUGUUGUGAAAGAUAAUGUACAUGACACAUGGAUAUGACAACAUUAGCAUAAUGAUGGAUAACUAUUAGUGUAUUAGGUGAGUUUAAAGGAGGUGAGACAACAUUAAUUGGUGGCAAUCCACACUUAAUAUGAAGCAUAAUGCUGGAGUCACUAGAAACACCAUCAUUUUACCUUUAGAAUGAGUGAUGUUAUAGCACGCGUCGGUAGAACCUAGCCUCAUCCUGCCUAUUAUAAUCAACCAUUUCGGUGAAAUAACACUGUGCUGUAUAUUGACAUUGGUAACUUGUACUAGAAUUAUUCCUUCACUGUCUGUUAUCAAAAUUUAAUCUUUCUUAACAUCCGAGGGGGAUGACUUACCAAUUCUAAAUUCCCACAUAUUGAAGCUACUUUGAAUGUUAUAUACAAGUUAAAAUACAGUAGAAAGAAGAGCAGCUAAGCAGUAUAUUCAGAUACAGUCGCAAACAUGAAGUCAUCCUAGCAUCAGGGUUGGUCUUGGUCUAUACACAACAACUCGCCAUCUUAUCAAAGCUGAGAUUUUAAUAAAGCAAACAGCUUAAAUUAGGUGGGGGCAGUAUCUACACAUCUUCUCUCUCUAAUUCAUAUCUCAGAAAUAGUCAUUAUGACAUGACUAAGCUUCUCCUAUGGCUAUGGACAUAGUCAUUCAUGUACUUUAAUACUUAAAAGAACAACAAACAAAUGGUUUCUAGAAACUAUUUAUCUAAUACUAACACAUGGUUUUGCUGCUGCUGUAUAUGUUGGAGUAACUUUGAUUUACAUGAUGAUAAGCAAUAAGAAAUAAAGGGUUAAAAAAGUAAUACAAUCUAUGAAUAGUAUCCACCGAAAAAGUCUGGUUGCUCUAUAAAGAAGACCUGAGACUAGAAGAUGACAUGAAACCCACCAAUAAAUUGGUCUCUCAAGCAAGAACCUACCACCUUUUUAACCCAAAAGGUGAAACUAGUCGGUGUAGUCUCACCACUAAUUAAAAGGGAACUUGUUGACAAAGUAUUUAAUAAACAAGCAAUAAAGAGAGCAUAAACUAUUAUUCACUUAAGCAAAGAUGAGUAAUAGAAUAGUAAUGGAGAAGAAGAUUAAGAAUGGAGUGGUAGAUGUCUCCUCUUUUCUUCUGGUGGAGGGCAGCGCAGACUCCGAGGCAGAUUGUGGACUCUUGAAGCUAUGCGAGGAUGUGAUUAUGGCCUGUGAUUAUGAUGAUGAAGAUGCGGAGUCAUGCAGCUGUGAUACUGUAGAUUCUCUUGAAGUCUUUGACUAUGAUGGUACUGGUGGUGAUCAAGAUUGCAGUGGUUAUGAUGAAGCUAAAGCUAAUAAAGAAUGCGCAGAAGAGCGAAAUUGGUGUAGGUUGUGGUUGGGAGUUGCAGGCUUGGAAUAUAUGUCGACUGAGAAUGGAGAAGAGGAGUCCAAGGCUGAUGCUAAGUGGAGUAAAGAGGUUAUAGAUCAAAUGGAGGACAGUCUCUUUUGGGAAACUUGCCUGGCAGUAGGGUACCCAUAGAUUUUAUUUGCUCUACUAAUUUAUUUUUUCUUAUGUAGAUUUUAGUAUUUUGAUUUUUUUUCUUUAUUAUUAGUACUCUUUUAUUUGCUUUCGAUAGAUUUUAGAACGAAUUAGGAUACAAGUUUGCCAAAGAUUUACCUUAAAGGUUAUAUUUAUAUAUACAGUUUUUUUUU